AUGGGGGACUGGAACUUCCUCGGGGGGAUUUUGGAGGAGGUGCAUAUCCAUUCUACUAUGGUAGGCAAGAUCUGGCUCACCAUCCUGUUCAUCUUUCGCAUGCUGGUCCUCGGAGUUGCAGCUGAAGAUGUAUGGAACGACGAGCAGGCAGACUUCAUCUGCAACACGGAGCAGCCCGGGUGUAGAAAUGUCUGCUAUGACCUGGCUUUCCCAAUCUCCCUCAUCCGCUACUGGGUGCUGCAGGUCAUCUUUGUGUCCUCUCCCUCGCUGGUUUACAUGGGCCAUGCUCUGUACAGACUGCGGGCGCUGGAGAAAGCUCGGCAGAAGAAGAAGGCUCUGCUGAGGAAGGAGCUGGAGCUGGUGGACGUGGAGUUGGCGGAAGCCAGGAAGAGGAUAGAGCGGGAGAUGAAGCAGCUGGAUCAGGGGAAGCUGAACAAAGCUCCCCUGAGGGGCUCUCUGCUGCGAACGUAUGUGGCACAUGUUGUCUGCCGCUCUGUUGUGGAAGUGGCCUUCAUGACAGGCCAGUACCUCCUCUAUGGCUUCCACCUCUAUCCGCUUUUCAAGUGUGAGCGGGACCCUUGUCCCAACUCUGUGGACUGCUAUGUUUCCAGACCAACAGAAAAAAGUGUCUUCAUGGUUUUCAUGCAGUGCAUCGCUGGGAUUUCUCUCUUCCUGAACAUCUUGGAGAUCAUUCAUCUGGGUUACAAGAAGAUCAAAAAGGGCAUCCUUGACUUCUACCCUCACUUAAGAGGCGAGAGAGAGGAACUCGAUGAAUACUAUGUCAACAAGUGUAAAAAAGAAUCAGUGGUGCAAAUAUGUGCAACCAGAAAGGCAACGAUUGCCUCUGCCCCCAGUGACUACAACCUCCUGAUGGAGAGGGUGCAGGGGAACAUUAUGUACCCAAAUCUAAUCAAACCUUCAACUUUUCUACCUCUGGAGGGCGAGCUGGCCAAUCAGCAUGAUUUUGAGGAUUCGAGAUGUUCAGCUAGAAGCCCUCAGGAUUGUAACUGCAAUCUGACUUCCAAUGCACCGUGCUCUCCGUGCUGCGACUCCCUGAUUAAUCAAAAAAAGGAGGCUGAGGACUUCUUGCUUCGCCUUCCACACACCAAGGAGGAUGAGAGCAGUGAGCGAGGUAGCCCAGACUCUCCAAAGUGCCCACAGAAGGCCACUCACUCCUCCUCCUUCCCAACACUGCCAGUAGGAGCAGUGAGGAAGCCGUUCAGGGCUCACGGAUCUCUGAAAUGCUCCACGGUGUUGGAGGGUAAAGGCUCAGACACAGAUUCACACGGGGGAACAAAAGCCAGUAAUGGAACCCCGUCAGCUCAAACGCAGUCAAAGUCAGACUCUAAACAUCAUAGCCGGCCCUCUUCUCCAGAGUCAGGGGGUAGAUCCAGCUCAGGAUCAAGGAACAACUCAAGACCUCCUUCUUCAAACUGCAAAACAUCGAUGGCAAGUAAUACAAGCAGCAAGAGAGCAACAGACCUGCAGAUCUAA